AUGGAAAGCCAGGAGAACGCGAAACCUUUGCCUCCUACGAGUGUGGUUGACUUGAAUGUUGGUGGUCAGCUAUAUACGACCACCCUGGGAACUUUAACAAAAGACCCCAGCAGUUUACUCACUACUAUGUUCAGCGGAAGUCAACGAACGCCAAAAGAUUCUCGAGGUCGCUAUUUUAUUGAUAGAGACGGAGUUUUAUUUCGAUACGUCUUAGACUUUUUAAGAAAUCUUCGCCUUACAUUACCUGAUGGUUUCAAUGAGCUGGAGCGCUUGUUAGCUGAGGCUGAGUAUUUCAAGGUCAGUGCGAUGAAAGAAGCGCUCGCUAAAGAGACCAAAAGUCGCACGAGUGUGGAGAGAGCGAAGAAAAAAACCAGCGGGUAUUUGUCUGUCUGCGUACGAGGGACAUACGCGUUUGGACGUGACGGCGUUGCUGAUGUUAAAUUUCGUAAAUUACAGCGAAUUCUGGUGUGCGGUAAUGUCGCAUUGGCUCGUGAUGUCUUUGGAGAUUCAUUAAACGAAACCCGAGAUCCGGCCAGGGAGGAAAUAAGAUAUACAAAUCGAUUUUAUCUCAAAUAUAAUCAUCUAGAAAAAGCCUUUGAUCAGCUUGCUGAAAAAGGAUUCCAAAUGGUGACAAGUUGUGCCGGAGGAGCAGGUUAUGACGCAGAGAGCGAGGAGACAAAAUGGAACCAUUUCAAUGAUUAUAUUUUCUAUAAAGAAUGAUACUUUCUAUUACUUUAUAUUGAUGUAUAAAUACAUAUAUAGGAAUAUAUCAUAGCAACACUGCCAGACAACGUCGAACUGUACAAGCAGGUGGCAAAAAGACGAACGCUGAUCAACAAUGACAAAUGUAUUUAUAAAUAUUAAAGCGAUGACCGAUGUAUAAUUUCUUAGUUAUGAAUUUGAAGUAAUAAGACUUGAUAUAUUGACUAGUGAAGGCUUUGAAUAAUUUUCGAGAUGAUUUAAUAUGACCAGCAACAAAGACUGAGUUUGUCUUCUCAAGUAUAUAUGUUCCCUAAAAAACACAUAAAGUGGACAUUGUUUACAGUCAUGCAUAAUUAAUGUUCUAGUCGAUAAAGAGCUUGCUGUAAUUCACGUUCAAUAUUCGCUCUGUAUAACUCUCAUACUAAUUAUUAUCUGACUUACUCUUCCACACACAGCCCGAAACUCGUAUAAACCGCUCUAUACAUUAGUCAGUUAGAAGUGAUUUUCGGCAAAGGAAGAAAUUUAGAUUUACAUCUGUGUUUUAGUAAAGUAAAUGUUUCUCGAUCUGCAUUAGGAUCCAAACAUUAAACGUGUUCAUAUUAUAGAUACCUGUACCGGAAUUACUGGGACCAUAAUAUAAUAUUGUACAUAAGACAUCUGUCUACAUACUGACUAGUGGCACCUUUAUACUUGGCGGAAUAUAUCUCAGAACCAAUAGCGAGUUUCAGUUUUCAAUAACUCCGGCAUUGAUUUUCUUAACUCAAGUAAAGCGACGAAUUUUAUUUCUUCAGUCUUUGGGUGAAACACGUUACAGUCUUUGGGUGAAACACUUUACCCCUUAAGAUUACCGUUUUUAGUCUUUAACAUGCACUGAAACGAGUCCACCAGUAAACACAAAUUCAAUAGUUUCACCCCAGAUAAAGAUCCCUUUCAAUCGCAAAUCCUGCAGCUGCACCAGCAUAUAUUAAGGGCCAUUAAGAAACUAAUUAAAAGCAAAAGAAGUAAGAUAAAAUUGAAGUUAAAUUAAGAUCAUACCAACUAAAAAUCGUAAAUUUGGUAUGUAUACUUUUUUGCAAACUUUCUAAUGGUAGUUUUAUUUUUUUUUGUUAAAAGUGAACUUGAAAUUUUGCAUUUUUGUCCACAGUACAAUUAACAGGCAAAAUUUCUAAAAUUGUCAAAUUUUCAGCUACAUUCCUAUAAAGUCAAAAAUCGGAGUUGCCAACAUAUGUAGUCUUGUUCAUUAAUGCACAUAUAUAAGAAAAUGCCAGUUGGCAUGCAGCUUGUAACAGAACUGAAUACCAUCAAACAAUGUUGCACAUUUUCAGGUUUUGGUCGUCCGUCUAUGGGCCAAAGUUACCUAACGCUCGCCUGCAUAUAUAGUUACUUUAACGGGUCUAAAAAGGAAAACGCAAUUGUCUUGCUAAAGUACAUCCUGCAUGCAUGUUUCUUUUCCGCUACUUGAAACCGCAACCCGCGCUACUCCAUCCGCGCCAGUAUCCGCCCCGAUUACAGGAAACAUUCACAUUUUUUAAAAAUUUAAAAGAAACACAUGCAUGAAAAUGAUUAAAUGAAAUGUAUGUUACUCAUGCAGAUCAUUAGCUAUAGUCAUUAUACGCCGAGCAUUUAUUCGCAUUUAUUAUAUUAUAUUGACUGUAUAGUGCUUGAUAGAGAUUUCAAACUGCACUCAUUAAUAAUUCAUAUAAAGCUUAUUGGUAAAUCAUGUCAACCAUAAUAUGUCACGUGCAAUGGCUUUAAACGUGUAAAACACUCCUAAUUAGUAUUCUUUAUGUAAAGAAUACUAAUAAGGCAGUAUAUAGUCGUGUCCUUACAGUAUUUUUUAUAUAAAGAAUACUAUAUAAUAAGGCAGUAUAUCUAUUGAAUUUGUAGUCGUGUUUGAAGUGCAUGCUCGUGGCUUUAAACCUAAUAUUAAUAAAACACUACUGCUCGUUUAUUAAACAGUACUUCGAGCACUGAUAAAACUGAUAAUCUCACAUGUGAGAUUACUUAUGAUAAUUUCACAUGUGAAAAUUAUCGCUUUUCCAAUUAUCACUUUUCUGUAAAAAUUAUCGCUUUUCAAAGCAAAGACUGUCCUUUAUAUAAAUAUAAUAAACAGAAAAUACAUGGAUGCUUGGAAAUACCAGAUUUAUUUCUCGAGUUGAACAUGAUAUCUCACCGCUCGUUCACUGCAUGCGCUCACUCUUGAGAUAUCAUGCUCAAUAUUCGUAAUAAAUCUGGUAUUUCUGCGCACCCAUUGUAUUAUUCUCUAUGUAAAUCUUCAUAUUAUUGCAAUGAUUCUAUAAACGAAAUAUGUAUUUUGAUACUCGAUGAAAUUUCGACUCGAUGAACUUGAAGCAAUUUCAUGUUGCUGAUUCUGUAAUCUAUUGCAUUUUGCGGUUUAUGAUCGGUGUAGCAGCUAGCCAGGGCCGAAAAUAUUUGAGUGGCUUGGAUGAAAAGUAAUAGUUAUAUAGCAAAAAUUUAAAAUGGGCCUUAUCACUGCCACUGGCACUCCACCGUCCCCCCAGUUACGUCAUACUCUUGUGAUAAAUGGUAAACAUUUAAAUAGAACAGAAUAUUAAAUUGAAACUGGCGUCUUAACAUUCACCUUAUCAUCUGCUGUGGACGCCGACGCCAGACUAUGGCAAAAGCUCUUCUGCACUAAAGUUCAGGGGAGCUAAAAAUUAAUAGCCUACAUUUCAUUUAAAUAAUUGCACUUUAAGUAAAUAAUCUGGAUUGCAGUAUACUCUCCACAUUAUUUUAAUUAAAUUUGGAAAAUUCACUGCAGCUCAUUACUUAUAAUUUAUAUAUAAUUAUGCUUAGCUUAACGUUUUGUUUAUGAUACUAUUUGUCGUUUUCGUUUCGAUCUACAUUUCCAUUGAUAUACAUGCAAUACAUAAUUAACAUAACAGUAUAAAUGUUGCUAAAAUGUUGCAUAUCAAAUGAGCCUUCGCGCGUUCUGAUUGGCUAGUUGACUAGUAAAUCUGACGCAUUAUUUACCAGCAGACUAGCAGGGUUUAUUUUAAGAAAAGUUUAGAACUGCACAUAUUAGGGAUGUUACGAAGCAUCACGUGUUUGACUGGGGGGUCAAAGAAUGUUCGACUGGGGGUCAAAGGAUUUUUGUCUACAGUAUAUUUAACGUUGUAAAUUUAUAGUUAACGUUUGUUAACGUUGCAAAUUAUGAUAGACUCUUAAUUUGUAUCUAGGUGGCAGAAUAAAGGUGUGGUUGGGUGGGUGGGGCCAGACAAACUCGAUUCCGAGUGGGGAAGCUACAGGUAGGGAGUGUCCCCCAAAUUUUGAAUUUAGAGGCUCGUACGUUCUGGAAAAGAUUUGUUUCACCCAACCACCCCCACUCUAAUCUCUUUUGGAUAGCUUCGCUCGCCCCAAUUUUACCUCCUGUUUCAUUACCCCAGCACGUAGGUGAUUUGUGAAGAAAAUAUGAGGGUCUGGUGGCCCUCUCCCAGAAAACAUUUAGAUUUUUGAUGCUCAAUGACAGCACUUCUGGCAUCUGGAGCAUCCACAAGGAAAACAAGUAAAUGAGAAGACUGUUUUGAGGUUAUAUUUUUGUUAAUUUGAUGACUGCACAUUUAAGUUUUAAGAACUGCACAAAUGGGUUUAGAACUGCACAUUUUGUGUAGAAUUGCACGUUAAAAUAAACCCUGCAGACUAGUAAAUAAUGCUUUUCAAAAAGAAUGAUUCGGCAAAUUUGAUGUCAAAAUCGACAAAAUAUGGAAAAAAAAUACAAAAAUCGUCCCCAGAAAACUAAAGAAGCACAAAAUGUUGUAUUUAACUUGAAAGGAAGGAUUCCUUUAUUAUUUUACUGUGUCAAACAUAUUCACGGACAAUUUAAAACUUUAAAACUAUAUUUCAGGAACCCCGUAACAUUCACUUCAAACAAAGAGGAAAAACUAUACCCGACUGUUGGGAAAAACCUCAACUUCAAAUUGUCCAAUCAGAAAGCUCAGUUUGUGGCAAGUGAGCAUGAAAUUAAUCGCGAUAUCAUGCCUUACAUCAUCAAUUAGCGAGCCUACAUUCCUUUUGACAAUGUUCCACCCCAUGUUUCCCGGGGAACAUGGGACUGAACAUUAUUCGCGUAGACCACGCGAGACAACGCGCAUGACAACAAGAUGGCCCACAAGUUCCGUUAAAAAUCUCAGCGUCGCGUGGUUACAAAUGCUGUUUUUAUUUGGACAAUUUAUGUUUUGUUGUUUAUUCAAAGUCCUCGAACUCGCACACUACCUGAAAAGACCUUUCCCUAAUUUCAGAUAUAAGCUAUUAUGCAUUUUUGUCAGCUCCCUAAUGAUCUAUGAAGUACCGAAAGUAGCUAUAUAUGCAUACUGCAUAAAAUAUCCCGAAGGCGAAGAGAAUACUGAAUUGUUUUAAAUUUAGUAGAAUUUUCCCAACGAAAUUUAUCAUUUCUAGUAUUCUUAUAGUAUGAUAAUACGAGGCACGCUCUUUGAGUAGUUAUCACAAUAAUGCUAGCUAUAUACAAAUGACGUCACAUAAGUGCAUGACGUCAGGUUAUUGCAUCCUUCCCUUGCUUUGAAUGGAGGUUCGUCGGGCAUUGUCUAUAUGAAGCAACUUGAACUAAUUAAAACCAAUAAUCUAAAAUGAAGUAUAUAUAUUUAGUAAUAAAACAUAGUUAGUUUAAAUAUUGUUAGUGCUGACUAUUCAAUGUUUAAACGUUCUGCAGGUCUCCUAUUUUCUCUUGAGGGAUAACGCCUAAUUUCCGCAGGAUGGUCCGGUGUUGGAAUGUUGAUCUCCCCAUCGUCAAAAGGGUCUGCUGCAUGAUCUUGUUGAUGUGUGGUGAUAGUAUUUUUCUUGAACUGCGAGCUGUUUCUUGUUAUGUAACUUGUUGCGUUUCAUGCCGUUAUCAUAGUACCUUUGAUCUUGACGAUAGUGUAUGGAUGUUUGUUGUACGGUGAGGAUAGUUUAUUGACGCGUUUUUGACGAACGAGAACAGUGUCACCAACUUGAAAGCUGUGUGGUUUUGCUUUGGCUGCCGUAUCAGCAUACUCUUUCAUCUUCCUUCUUUUUGAGAUCGAUAUCGGCGAAUUGGGGUCGUGAUGGUGACGUGGGGACUACCUCAGGUAACUUGACGGUCAAUUUUCGUCCAAAGAGGAGCUCUGCAGGGGAAACUCCUGUGGUGGAAUGUGGCGUCGCACGGUAGUUUUGGAGGAAAAGAAACAGUUCUUGCUUCCAAUUCUUGUUUUCGAGGUGGGCAGCGCGAAGUGUUUUCUGAAUUGUUCGCAUGAAACGUUCAGACUCAGAAUUGGCUUUUGUCCACUCUGGAGUGACCUUUCGGUGGUGAAACCCCAUGUAUUGCGCGAACUGGGCGAAAGAGUGACUUUGAAAUGGAGGUCCGUUGUCAGACUUGAUUUCUGCAGGAAUGCCAUGCGUGGAUAAAAUGCGGUCAUGUUUCGGGAUGACGGUAUUUGCAGAGGCGGAGCAAACAAUCUCAACCUCGGGAUAGAGCGAGUAUUCGUCGAUUACCACGAGAGCAUAUCGCCGGAGGGAAAAGGGCCACAGAAAUCGACAGAGAGUUGUUGCCAAGGGGCCUGUCGUAACUCGGUCAUGCGUAGGGGUUCAAAUGGCUGUUGAACGACUGUUGCCUGACAGGCGAGACAAGUGUCAAUUAGCUUUUUCGUAAGCUCAUCGAUUCCAGGAAACCAAAUCUUUUCGCGGAGCAGCUGUUUGGUUUUGGUAAGGCCUUGAUGAUCUUCAUGGGCGAUGUAGAGAGCACGUUGACGAAGGGCAUGUGGGAGGAUGAGACGGUGAGAGCGAAGAAGGAGAUCAUGAUCAUCAGAAACACUCAGUUCGUCGCGGAUAUUGUAGAGAGCGUGGAGGUCCUGGGAGUUGACAAGGAGACAGGGUGUCUCAAAAGUUGAGUGCCAGGAGUUGUUACGGAGGGCUUCGAUAACGGCUUGCAGAGUGGGGUCGGCACGGGUGGAUUGUUUCACUUCAGAAACGGUCUUAGAUUUUGGGGUGGUAUGAUCUGCUAAGAACGCGAUAUAUUCUUCAGCCUGGUCGGAUGCAGUGGAAGGGUGGGUUGUAGCUAGAGGGUGACGGGACAAAUAAUCAGCCGGGUUGGUUUUGCCAGGAGAAUAGGAAAUGGUGAAGUGAUAUGGUUGAAGUUUGAGGGCCCAGCGUUCUAAUCAGGCAUUGGAACGAGCAGCGGGAUUGGUAAAAAUGCGUUCAAGAGGUUUGUGAUCUGUGAUGAUAUUGAAUUUCGCGCCGUAUAUAUAAUGAUAAAAAUGUUCACAAGCAAACAGUACACCGAGGGCUUCGCGUUCUGUUUGGGAAUAUCGUUGUUCUACGGGAGUGAGAGAACGACUUGCAUAGGCAACAACAUGGUUGUCUUGGUAAAGAAUAGCACCAGGACCAGUGUUACAGGGCUGGCAUCGACAAUUAUGGUUGGCUUCUUUGUGGGGGUUGAAGUACGAGAGAACGAUGUCGCUGGUGAGAAGACGCUUCAGCUGAUCAAAAGCAUGUUGAUGCUGGGAUGUCCAUGUCCAGGGCUGAUCGGAUUUGGUAAGCGUACGGAGGGGUUCGGUGAUGGUGGAAUAAUUGGGGAUAAAUCGGGAACAGUAGUUGGUCAAACCGAGGAAACUGCGAACUUCAUGAGCGGUGGUAGGGGGACUGGUAUUGUUGAUGGCAGAGACUUUCUUGGGGUCUGGGGAGAAACCAUUUCUGGAGAAUAUAUACCCAAAGAACUCGAUGCUGGAUUUGUUGAACUCGCACUUUUUGGCAUUCAAUGUAAGGUUCUUAGAGCGUAAACGUUCAAAAACGGCAUGACGCGCUUUGUCAUGUGCCGCUUGGUCUGUACCAAAAAUGAUGAUGUCAUCGCUAACAUUACUAGCACCUUCGAUACCACUGAGAACCUGUUUGAUGGCAUCUUGAAAGACUUCGGCGGCGGAUGACGUACCAAAAUUUAAGCGGGUGUAGCGGCGAAGUCCUCUGUGCAUGGAAAACGUUGUGAUAUAGCGGCUUUCGGGUGCGAAUUCGAGUUGAUGGUAACCAGGGUUCGAAUCAAUUUUAGAGAAAACAGUGGCACCGUUUAGAUCAAGAAUUAGGUCAUCAAUAGUCGGUGUAAUAUGACGUUCACGGAGAAUCGCACGAUUGGGUUGGCGCAUUUCAAUACAGAGGCGAAUCUCAUCAGGGUUCUUUUGGUUUUGGUGUGACAACGAGAGGGGAGACCCAAGGAGUUGGGCCAUCAACCGGUUCGAUAAUACCCUGGCGUUCAAGUGUGUCCAGUUCGGUAUCGAGCUUUUUGCGAAGGUGGAACGGAAUUCUCUGAUGAGGUUGCGUCACGAGGGGUUCGGAGGGAUCGAUAUGUAGAUGAACUUGAAAAUGCUUCAUCUUGCCAAUACCGUCAAAAAGGACUGAAUAUUCAGAACGUAAUUGUGUGCUGCUAAGUGUGGAAAGCGGUGUGGUGGUGUUGACAGAUGCGUUGGUUUGAGCGAUGACAAAGAUACCGUAAGUUCUAAUUCAGUUGCAGUUUUGUAGCUCAAAAGUUAAAAGUCAACCAUUUUCGUCCUUAAUAACAUAGAUAGUACCGGGAGUUGUGCGUGUUUUCGAUUCAACGCGAGUGUAGAAUGUUCCAAGAACAGGUAAAGGUGAAGUACCGCCGUAACUGUAGAUUUUCGUGGAGGUAUAACGUAAUGAAAGCUGAUUAUUCUGUGGAGAUUUCGUGAUGGCGUGAUAAGCCUUUUCAUCACUGAUAACAUUAAUGCUGGCGCCGGAAUCAAUCAACACUCGAAGUGGUACAUUUGCAAUCAUAACUUUGGCCUUCGGGGUGCUUAAAUCACUGACUUGGGAAAUAGUUACUGUGAAAAGGUACUCAUCCUCAAAGAUAGGGUAUUGUUGAGUGUCGGGAACGUGGCGAAUCUCUCGUGGAGGGGGUUGACGUGGAAAGGAGUUAGGAGGGGGUGGUUGAAAACGCGAUUGAUGACGGGGGGAACUACUUUCAGCAAACGAUGGUCUGAUAGGUUUAGAUCGACAACAACGGGCAAAAUGGUUCAUUUUCCCGCACAAACGAUACUGGGAACCGCGCGCAGGACAGCUGGCUUGACCUUGUGGAUGGGGAUAGGCAUAACCGCAAUGACCACACGUAGAGGAUGGGCUUGGGAACUCUCGAGAACGUGGGAGUGGAGCAGAAGGCGAUUGACGGGAUUGAGAUAUACGAGUAUAGUUUAAAAAGUUCAGUUUCAUCAGGAGAGAUGGAUUUAGAUUCAAUGCUAGAGGCUUGUUUUUCAGAUAUUUCCAUGGUGCGACCGAGAUCAAGGAGUGCUUUGAGGGUUAAGGAUGAUUCACGAAGUGCGCGUCGACGAAGGUGAGACGAGGAGCAGUUGAGGAUUAUCUACGAUUUGAUUUCUUUCUCAACAGAAGUAAAUUCGCAAGUUGAUGCCAGUUGGCGCAGACGAGUGGUAAAUUGAUCGAGCGUCUCAUUUGGUUGUUGGUGAGCUUGACGAAAAAGGUAUGUUUCGUAAUCAACGUUGCGUUGCGGCGUAAAAUGCUCGAUUAGGCGGUCCAUCGCUUUCCUGUAGUCUUUCUCGUCACCGGUAUCCGUUAAGGUCUCGAAUAUACCAAAUGCUGACAAGCCAAUAUAGUGCAAAAGAAGUGCGCGUUUGCGUGUCUCAUCGUUGAUAUCCAUGACAAGAAGAAAAUUUUCAAAACGUUUUUUUCAUUUAGUCCAGCGUUGAUCUGUCGCGGUGGGGUCGUCUUCAACAUUGAACGGAGGAAGUGGUGGUUAUCACAAUAAUAAAUUUAAUAUCCAUGGAAUGCUAGCUAUAUACAAAUGACGUCACAUAAGUGCAUGACGUCAGGUUAUUACAGCAUUUUAAUGCCAUAAUGGAGUUUAAUCUAGCAAAUCAUGAGCAGACAGAAUAAAUGGUUUCUUUGUAUUUUGCUAUAAUGGUUUCAAAAUAUUAUUUUUUGGUUAUCAAAGUAUAUUCUAAACAAAUGUGUAAAACGCAAAUACGUAAUCCAAUGAUUGGAUAAUAAUAAUAAUUAAUAUUUAUACAGGAAUGCCUAUUCAGUGAAAAUUCACUGUGAGCAACUAGGGUCCUGUCGUUAGGUUAAAAAAUGUUCUAAAAAAAAAGAUACAGUAUAUAUAUAUAUAUAUAUAUAUAUAUAUAUAUAUAUAUAUAUAUAUAUAUAUAUAUAUAUAUAUAUAUAUAUAUAUAUAUAUAUACAUAUAUAUAUAUAUAUAUAUCCUAAUAAGGGUAUGUAUAGAAUAUAAAAUCUGUAAAAACCGUAUACAUGAUUCAAAUAUUUAAGAAAUAUUUAAAAAAGCUUGCAGUCUCGCGUUAAAAUCGUUCAAAGUCUCUGCUUUUCUUAUGUCUAGAGGCAGUUCAUUAUAUGUUUUUCCACCAAGGAAAUAAAAGCCAUUUUUGGCAGCAUUGUACAUUGUUGCAGCAGCUCUCGUUGUCAUCGAUUUUCGUAUUUUCAAUAGCAGUUUAAGUCUUCCAUGUGACCUUUUAUAAAUCUUGUUGAAGGGUUCUGCCAAGUUUAAAGUUUGAUCAAGGAGAACACCAAGGUAAGUAUAUGAAGUUGUGUAAUUCACCAACGUAUUGUUGUACAUUAUGUUCAACUCGUGUUCUUUAAUCUUGGACAAGUUUCUCCCAGUGCCAAACAGCAUACAUUCAGUUUUGCCUUUUUUCAGGUUCACGAUCAGUUCGUUCUUCUCAAACCACUCCGAUAAAUGUGACAUGUCUUCAGUGAGCUUUUGUCCUAUGGUUUUAACAUCUUUGUGAGCAUAAUACAAAACGAUGUCGUCAGCAUACAUUAGAAUUUUGCAGUUCUUUACCGGGAGACAAACACCAUUAAAGUGAAUCAGGAAUAGUAGGGGACCCAAAAUAGAGCCCUGUGGGACUCCACAAAAUACAGGGUUGACAUUAGAGGUACACCCACCAAACGCAACACACUGAGUGCGACCAAGAAGAUAAGGGACCAGUCAUAAAGUAUAGGGGGGGGAGGGGGGGCUGGAGAAAUCAAAUCUUCAACUGUAUAUUUUUCCUUGGCCCACCCCUGGAAUAAGGCUUAAUUAUCAAUGGCCCACCCUUAAAGUCAUGCACAAAAAUUAAUGACACACCCUUUGCUAAAAGACAACAACAGGCGGGAAACUCAUGGAUCACUUUCUAUUGGUGAUAUUUUUUACAUGUUUCAAAUUCAGUUUCAUACAUGAUUUAUUGCUUGGAAAACACCAAAACGUUACAUACGACUCUUUUACAAUAAAGUAGAAUCCAACCCUACAGUGUGUAAUCGUUAAUUUAACCCUUACAGAUCACUUAUUAUUGCCAAACGUCCCUAUCCCUGUCAUUUAAGCUCCCUUCACCAUUUAGGAUGCAAUCACCUACAGUCAUAUGAUCACACUACGAUAGAUAAAGGACUCCACCCUUACCAUCACAAACCUUCAAACUCACUGUACUAUUGAGUAUGUUGAAAUGCGUACAUGGGUUGCCUUUCCUACCCAUUUUCAAUCUCUCGCCUUUUAUAUUAUGUCCCACAAAAUAUUUCACCUUUUUUAGUUCCUAUAUAUAAUCGUAGUUUCCAUAGUUUACAUUUAUUGACAUAUAUGUUCACCACAGGAUUCGGAGUACGAGGCCGUAGGAAGCUCGUUUUUAUUGGGGGGGGGCUGAAAGCGAGGGCCGAAGGCCCGAGGAAAUUUUUUAAUUUAGAGUCUCUGAAAUGCCAUUUCCUGGACUUUGGGGAAGAUGUGACAGAGUUCUGAUGGUCAGAAAACAGCGUUUUAAUAUGUCAAAAUUUACAAUUUAGUAGUACUAAAUGGGUGAAGGUGUAUUUAAUUAACUAUAUUUUGGAUAAGUUUCAGGAAAGUGUGGGUAAUAUCUUCAUUCUUUGCAGUUUUGCAUGGAUUAAAUGAUAAAGGUCUGCAUGAUUUUGAAAAAAGAAUGAUUAUUAGCAAAUUAUUGGGGGGGGGGGCUGCAGCCCCCCGGUUGCUACGGCCCUGGAGUAUAUAACAACCAUUUUGAAUACUGGUCCUCUAAUCAAUUCCUUCAUUAAAACUUACGAAAAAAGUUUAGUACACUGCGUUUAUAUAUACAUUAAAGUUUGUGUAAUAUGACUAAAAGUUUAGGUUGGUCAUGCAUUGUGUGAGCUUGAAUAAUCCUUAACAGUUAACCCAUUGAGUAGCAUUGUGCCAUGAUGCACCCCACUUUAUUAUUUUACUCUGUCUAACGCCAGAUUAUUUUACUCUGUCUAACGCCAGACUAUUUUUCUCAUCACGGGGAAAGUGCUGUCGCUUAUGGGUUAAUUAACAGCGUAAAUUGAAACAUAUUCACACAUGACCCACCCCUAAUGUACUGCACAAUUUUCUCUGGCCCACCCUUUUUUGCAAGCAUGAAAAUGGUGGCCCACCCCCUUUUUUCUCCAGCCCCCCCCCCCUAUACUUUAUGACUGGUCCCUAAUUUGUAAACCAUUCCUUCUCAACAUCAGUUAUACCAUAUUCAAAGAGUUUACAUACUAUAGAACUGUGACUAAUAGUAUCAAAAGCUUUGCGUAGGUCGACAAAAACUGCUCCACAUAAUUUUCCCAAGUCCAUUUCCUUACGAAUGUUAUCCAAAAAUAAUGUUGCAGCAAGUUCCGUUGAGUGGUUUUUGCGGAAACCAAAUUGUUGAUUUGAUAAAAGCUUAUCAGUUUUGUUCCAAGUAAAAUAUUGUUUGGCUAUACACACAUUUCUCAAGGACCUUCGAAAUUGUUGUUAAUAUAGUGAUGGGUCUGUAGUUAUCAAUAUCCGUUUGAUUUCCAGAUUUAUAAAUUGGGACAAUUUUUCCACAUUUGAAUUCUGUUGGCACAAUUCCUGUCGCUAAUGAUCUAUUUAUGAUAUGUGCUAGAGGCUUCGCUAUAUGUGUUGCUCCAUCCUGAAGUAAGCAAGGUGGUAUAUCAUCUAGCCCAGUUGCCUUUUUUCUAUUGAGGCUCUUUAGAUGUUUCACCACUGUUGGUACAGAAACAUGGGCAAAUUUGAAAACAGAGUUUGUAUUAUAUUUAUCAGGGACAGGUUGGGCCCAAACGGAGUAUUUAAGAAGUGACAACUUUUCUUUCAAAAUUCCAGCAGUGGUGAAAAAGUGAUAAGAGAAACCAUUUGCUAUGACCUGUUUAUCGAGUACCUUCUCCCCGUCUAUUACCAUCGAUGAGCAUGUAUUCCCAUUUUCAUUUUUUGUAGGAAAUAAAUAGCUGUUUUAUGCAUUUCCAGAAUUUUUCUGGGGAUGAGGCAUUUUCCUCAAAGAGUUCGUGAUAGUAAUUGUUUUUUGCAGAUUUCAGUAAGUUAUUUACUGAGUUUCGUUUCCUUUUAUAGGCAGACCAAUCGAUUUCCGUGUCGGUUUUUCGUGGUUUUCUAAGUAGGCUGUCUCGGUAAUUCCAAUCUUUGACGAGUAUUUUACAACGAUUAGUCAUGAAAAAGGGACUAGAAAUAAUCAUGAUGUUAAGACUACCACGCGUGAAGCUACCAAAGCGAGGUUCUUGCUUUGGUAAUAGCCUGUCGAAGGGAACAUGGCUGUGAAACUAUAGAAUAACAAUAUUUAACAAUUAUUCGCCGAAGGUGAGGUGAUUAUCGGUGAAUAAAAACCGAGACGAAGUCGAGGUUUUUAUUCACGAUAAUCACCGAGCCUGUGGUGAAUAAUUGUUUUAGUAUAAUUUCAUAGGGGAUUAUUUGGGGAAAAAAUAAAAACUAUACAUUUCUUCGUCAUUUAAUUGACAAACGGUUUCGACGCCAUUUCGAAAAUCGCUUAGGUGAUUAUCGCGUUAUAAUCACCUCAACGGCAACCAAUCAGCGUGGAGAAUUUUCAAUAAUCACCUAUGUAAUUAUACUAAGCUGUUAUAUUCACCUACACUCUACAGGUGAAUAUAACAAAACUGAAAUUUGCAAAAUGGCAGAUAGCCGUUUUGUACAAGUUACUGAUAAACAAAUAAGCGAAAUUAAAAUAAAUCUAGUCCCAAAAGACACAAAAAACCUGUGUAAAUUCGUCUCGGUGAAUAUUCCCUGAUAAUCACCUCGCCUUCGGCGAAUAAUUGUUAAUUAAUACGUCAAAUUUGGCCAAUCAAUAUGUAGGAUUUGUUGUAUUCACUUGUGCAAAAAUACUAAAACUCAUUAUCUGUGUUUGUUCGUCAACGUUUAUUCAUAAAUACGAUCAUUCACCGUCACGUUUGUAUUGUAUUUUUGCCCAACUAACCAAUAGCAAUGUUUCCAGCAGGGAAGUUACCUAUCUGUGACUCGAACAAUAGGGUAAAUUGAAAAUUGCUCUUGGUGGAUUUGGCAAAAAUACAAUAGACACGUGACGGUGAAUAGGACCGCGUAUUUAUGAAUAAACGUUGUCGUUGACUAACAUAGAUAAUGAGUUAUAUUGUUAUUGUAAUGAGUUUCAUAGCCAUCGUCCCUUUGAUAGGCUAUGCUUUGGUGGAGCAAAAUUAUAUUAUUGUCUGCCAGUACUCAGUAGAUUUAAGAACUGUUCGGAAUGCCAACAAAUUUAAGAAACGUUUGAAAGAUUUUUUUAACUUUUAGUUUAGAUUUUUACUAGUUUUUACUAAUUCACAUGAGAUUAUUAAAUAUUUUGAGAUGUAGGUUUUUACACAACUGAAACUUCGAUCUUGUGUAAAUAUUCAGAAAUAAUAAUAUAAAAACAGAUAAACUUAGUAAUCAGAUUUUCCAUGCUACGACCAAGAAAACACGGCAUGCUCAGAUAAUUUUCCCACCUGAUAUCAAUCAGUAACUGAUGUGCUAGGGAUCGAUUACAUAAACCGGGCUAAGCUAAGCGCGACAGCUUCUAAAUUGCGAUUAUAUUUCGGGCUGAAAGGAACUCAUUAAUCCUCAUUAAACUGCAAAUUUUCAGCAGUUAUAUAUAUAACCGUUGUUAUAUUAUUCAACUGCUAAGUGGUGAUGCCGGCUGACGGAUCGAAGAUCUUGCAAUGCAAAAAAAAAUGCAUGACAAUAAUGUUCAUGUUUUUUGGAGUUUUUUUUCAAAUGUUCAUGUUUUUUUCAUUUUUCUUAAAACGCAUGACAAUAAUGUUCUGUUAAAUCGCACCAGGCCCUUAUUGAAGCGAAAUAGACAAACAGAACGAGGGCCUGCAAGAAAACCCGGCUUUCGUGACUAAACGCCACUUAAUUUUUGCACGUAUAAUGAGAUUAGUUAACGACAUUGACAUUUUAAUGACAUACGCGAAUACAUUAUUACAAGGAAAUAUAUUACUUUCGUCCGGGUUUCCCAGCCGAGUUUUUAUUGGUCACGUGAUACACAGGCAUGCACGUGUACAAAUACCAUUAAUCCUACAAUUGCAAUUUUGCAAAUCCUACAAAAGUGAUAUAGCUAUAAUGCUAUAUGACAUUACAGUCGUGCCAAUAGAAGCGUUCCGAAAAAUGUUGACCAAUUCAUUUCCUAACUUGAAGGAACACCUCUGAACAAUUCCUCAACAAUUUGAUAAGUUCCUUAAAAAGUUCCUAACUUCCUGUUUCAUUGACCAAUCAAAUUUUACUUUUUAUUUUUGAGCAAUCUGAUUGGUCAAUGAGACAGGAAGUUUUUAAGAAACUUAAUUAUUAAAUUGUUGAGGAAUUGUUCAGAGGUGUUCCUUCAAGUUAGGAUAUGAAUUGGUCAACAUUUUUCGGAACGCCUGUAAUUGUUGCACUUCAUAUUGUCUUCGUCUGCGCAUUUUUUAUCUAGUUAACAGUUUGAUUUAAUUUAAUUAGCACUAUAAAAGAAAGAGGUAUAGUCCACAGUUAAACUAAGUGUUAUGCAGUCUCUAGACUCUUCUCUUGGCCACGAUGGUGAAAUCUUUUGGUGGUAGGACAAGUUUUGGAUCUGAUGGUAGUAAUGCUGGUUUUGCUUCUCCUUCUGGAACUUCAAUCAUGAAAUGUUGCAACAAAGCCGACGCGAAAAGACACAACAUAAUUCUUGCCAAAGGUUGUCCUGGACAGUCUCGACGACCGAGUCCGAAGGGGAUAAAUCCAUGCUUGGCUGACCAACCAACAAAUGAACCGUCUUUUUUCAGAAAUCGCUCGGGUUUGAAACUGUGUGGUUCAGGCCAUUCUUUCUCGUCAAAAUGGAUAUUAUUGAUAUGAAGGGCAACAUAGGUAUCUUUAGGGAUAUGAUAUCCACCGAUGACCGUGUCACGUGUGGCGUUUGUGCCAUAGACGGGGAGAAUACGUGAUAGACGCAAUACUUCACAGAUACUAGCUUGUAAGUAAGGUAAGUUAUCCACAUCUUGCCAACGUGGUAGGCGAUCUUUUCCAACCACUUUGUCAAGCUCUGCGUGGAUUUUCUUCUGGACAUCUUGGUGCAGCACUAUAUAAAGUAUAUACCAUGCAAGGACUGACGAGGUCGUAUCUGAGCCUGCAUACACGAUAUCAACCAUCAAUCCUUGUAUGUCUUCAAUGGAUCCAAUUUCUUUUCCUUUUUCUUUUGCAAUUUCCCUCUCGAAUGCUGCGAGAAACCCAUCAGUAAGAUCACGAGUAACACCGGAGACGUAGGUCUCUUGGUGAGUUUUAAGUUCAGGGCCAAAUAUCUCAUCUCUUAUUCGCACGACUUCACUUAACUCACGGUUGAAUGUGGUCGGAAGAUGUGAAACACCAGGAAUCAACUGAGCAGGGGUAAAUUGAGUCCAAAGCUUGGAUAUUUUGUCGUUGAACUCUACCAACAAUCUCACCUUGGGAUGAAGCAACGACAAUUUCUUUGAUGUUACCCAUUCCCAAAUUUGACAAAGUAUUGCCCGAGAAAGGAGAUCCUUUGGUGAAAACGACUCUCCGUCUAAUGCUUCGAUUUCGUUCACGAAGUUCUUCACAGCGUGAUUAACACGUUCUUCAGCUUGCUCUAUCCCUACUCCGAACACCCGCAGUCCUAAUGAAAGAAUUUUCUUACGAAAUACAUGUCCCGGACCGUAGUCCGAACAUAUGACAUCACGUUCUCCAAAGAUAACAUCACCCGGGUACAUUGUACUUCGUAUUUUUCCAGCAAGGUCAUCUUUCCUUGUCAGACGAGCUUCUCUCGCCAGUUUUGCGUUGUUGAUUAACACACAGCGCCUCAAAGGAAACGAAACGGACACGAUUUCACCGUAUUUCUCAACGAUUUUCUUGAAUGGGUUUAUAGGGUCGGCUUCCAUCUGUGGUAGAUUACCGAUCAAGGGCCAUGGAAAUGGACCCGGGGGCAUUUUUCUUCUUUCAAUGUAAGUGGUGAGAAUAUACCAUACAAACCAAACAAAGAACAAUGAAGCUGCAGACUCCAAAUACAUGAUCUCGCUUUAUUUCUGUUGACAAAAAAAAGACAAGUGUUGGAUUCCACUUAUUGAUGCUAAGUGUACUAGUGUACAUUUAAAUAAAAUAGUUUGCGCGUAAGUCAACACUGCAUGACAGCACUUUACAUUUGCACAAUUAUAAGUUAAUAUAUACUGCAUAGAGACUCAUGAAUUUAUAAUAAGAAAACCAGAAGACGUAAAUUGCAGUAAAAUGUAAUAUAAAUAUGUUUCCCAUGCCAGUUG